AUGCAUGAAAUUGUUACCGAAAAACUGAAAUUUUGUAAACUUUGCUCACGUUGGGUAUCAAAGAUUCUUGCUGAGCAACAUAAAACAAAACGGAUGGGUAGUGCACUUCAGUUUUUGACCCGUUAUGCUGAAACCGGCGAAGAAUUUCUGACACAGAUAGUUACAGGAGAUGAAACUUGGGUUUCUUACGACACCCCUGAAAGUAAGCGGCAAUCAAUGGAAUGGAGGCACACUUCAUCCCCAGCAGAGGUUAAGACGAUGCAAAUCUUGACACCUCGAAAAAUGAUGUGCACAGUGUUCUGGGACUGGAAAGGCAUCUUACUCAUUGAUUUCUUACCACGUGAUCAAACAAUCAGAGCAGAUGCUUAUUGCGAGACACUUCGAAAAUUGCGCCGCGCAAUACAGAAUAAGCGCCAAGGAUUGCUGUCAAAAGGUGUUUUCUUCACGACAACGCACGACCACACACUGCAAAUGUGA